AUGAACCAAGAAUUGAAAAAAUUAAUGGAUGGUUGUCAAGGGCCCAAUGUUUUUCAGCAACAACAAUUUGAUUGUGACCCAAGCCAAAAACCCCAAGAUCAAAAGAUUUUGAGUGGUGAAGAUGUUCAUUUAUUUAUAAGCUCUGAAAAAAAGGAAUCUCAAAUAGAUGUGGUCCAAAAAGAUAAAAAUGGUGAUCUCUCCCUUGAAAAUAAUAAAAUAGAAGAUACGUAA